UGAUUUCGAAAAAAAAUAGAUAAAUUCUUAUAAAAAUGAGCAUUUAAAUAGGUUAUUUAUCGAAAUGUAACCUUAGAAGUGAGCAAUAGCAAACCCUUGUUAAAAAUUGUGCAUGUGUUAACCCUCACCGACCCUCAAUUUUAGUUUGACUAAUUUGCUGAAGUUGGUCCACAAAUCACACAAAACACGCUGCCAAUCUCUUCAUUCGCGUUGCUGUUCUUUCAAUGUGGGUUUUCUACCUCCACAGAGUCGUCGUUGUUGUUCGUCGAUGAACCAACAUUCAACGUCUUCGUUGAACCACUUGACCCUCAUUUUUCGCUCUUUGUUCCUUCACUUUUGAUCUUCUAAUAGCUAUGGACCCAUCACAUCUACAGCUUCUUAAAAGAGAGAGGGAUACACAAUAUCAAUUAAUGUCAAAGCGCCGAGUAACCCAAAAUGGAAGACUAUCCCCUUUUAGAACAAACACACAACUUAAACCAUUCCAAGUAACCCAAAAUUGUGGAUCCUCCUUUUCCAAAACAGGCCCACAAUUUAAACCACAUGAAGCCCCUUCUUCUAAAACAGGCUCACAACUUAAAGCAUUUCAAGUAAUCAAAAAUGGUAGGCCUUCCUCUUCUAAAAAAGCCCCACUGGUAAAACCAUUUAAUCUCUCUAGCAAGACAAUAGUUCCUAAAAACAUCAACACUAAGAAAACAUGGCCAAAUGUUCAAAGAACCACUGAACCUGAGAAAACCAACCCACCACUAUUCAAAAGCUUCAAAAAGAAAGUUGAAGAUAAGAAUCUGCAUUUACAACGUUAUUCUGAUGAUGCAACUUACAGAAACAACAAAGAGAAAGAAAGAACAACCUUCAAAAACCAGUCUUCAUUGGUUUCUCAUGAUAGUGCAAAGAACAAAGUUAAAUGUGCAUUGAAUCACUUUCAAACUUGUGUCAGGAUAUCUACUCUAUCCGGUAAUGCAAUUCCUAUGGAAGCAUCUAAAAUUCUGAAACGUAGAGGCAAGUUUCUUCACGAAGGGAAAAAGAUUAUAGGAGAUGUCCCUGGAAUAGAAGUUGGUGACAUGUUUCAGUAUUUUGAAGUUCUGAAUGUUGUGGGUCUCCAUCGUAAUAUCUUCAACGGAAUUGAUCAUGUGAGAUACAAUGGGGAGUUGAUUGCAACUAGCGUUGUUUCAUGCCGGUUAUAUGAUGAUGAAUUGGAUGAUGCAGAAGUGGUGAUUUCUACAGGAGAAGAAGGUAAUGUUAUUAAUAAUCAUAAUCAACUUAAAGAAAAUCUUGCAUUGAUGACAAGUUAUUAUGCUAAGAAUCCUGUUAGAGUUAUAAUUAAUUUAAAUUCCAAUAAUGGUAGUGGUAGUUUCAAUGGUGAUGAAAAAUAUUGUUACUAUGGUGUUUACAAGGUUGACAGGGUUCAUCCAGAAAUUGGAAAAUCAGGUUACAAGUUUCUUUUGGUUAAAUCACCUUAUCAGAAAAAGAUUGCUUGCAAUGAAUUGAGGAAGUAUAAAAAAAUUGUUAAAAGAGAAAAGUGUUUGAAAUUUGUUAAAGAUAUUUCUGAGGGAAAAGAGUACUUUCCUAUACCUAUGACUAAUUGUGUGGAUUCUGAAAGUGUUCCGGAUUUUCAAUACAUUACUCGCAUGGUUAAUCAUGAAAGGUGUAAGUCGAAAAGGUUUAAUCAUCUUAAAGGCAAUGUUGGAUUUGAAUGUGUUGGUAAUUAUUCUGAUUCAGAUAAAUGUUCAUGUGUUGUGAAGAAUGGACGAAAAUUUCCAUUUAAUAGGAAUGGAACUAUUGAGGUAACAGAAAAGAAUAUAAUUUAUGAGUGUGGUCAUUAUUGUAAGUGUUCUUCAAAAUGUUGUAAUAGAGUUUCUCAAUAUAAAAUAAAAUUUCCACUUGAGAUUUUCAAGACUAAGGAAAAAGGGUGGGGUGUGCGAUCAGAAAAGAAAAUUCCUUCAGGAAGUUUUAUAUGUGAGUAUUUAGGUGAGAUAAUUGAAGAUAAGAAAGCUGUGAAAAUGAUUGACAAUGACGAGUAUUUAUUUAACAUUGGUAAUACAAAUCACAAGGAUGGUGUGUUUACCAUUGAUGCUGGUAAGUGUGGCAAUGUGGCGAGAUUUAUCAACCACAGUUGUUCUCCGAAUUUGUUUUGUCAAAAUAUUCUUUUUGAUCAUGAUGAUGUUAGGAUUCCACACAUCAUGCUAUUUGCAGCUGAAGAUAUUCCGCAAAAGACAGAGCUGACUUACAAUUACAAUUACAAGAUAGAUCAAGUAGUUGAUAAUGGAGUUGUGAAGAAAAAGUAUUGCUAUUGUGGAGCUUCCGAAUGCGUUGGUAGACUAUAUUAAUGAGUUUCUCAAAAAAGGUGACAUUCAAGCCUAGAAGUUUCACCUUUCAGUUUCUCUACAACAAAUAUUCCUUUAGACUUUAGUUUAAUUGCAAUUUCAAUAUUUAGCAAAAAUAAUAGAUUGGUUAUAUACAGAAGUGCGAUUACUUUA